AUGGACGCGACCGGCGGCGACGGAUGCCGGAUGGACGCGACCGGGACGUGGGCGGCGCGGACGGGGGCGCGAGCGAGGGAUGAGGCGUGGAGCGCAGACGCGGUGCGAUCGAGGGUCGAGCGCGGCGCGCGAGCGCGAGGGGUGGAGACGAUGGAAGCGGCGAGCGAGACGACGAGGGUCGAGCGCGGCGCGCGGGCGGCGAGAGCGAGCGCGCUCGCGAUCGGUGCGAUCGUGAUCGCGACGCUGGCGACGCCGGAGAGCGCGAUCGCGGGUGGGAAGGCGGUGGCGGCGGCGGCGGGGAGCGACGGGUCGUUCUGGGCGAAGGUGUUGUCGUGGGUGGUGCACUUGGAUACGCACCUGGCCGAGCUCUUCGUGUCGCAAGGGAAGGCGGCGUACGGGAUCUUGUUCGCGAUCAUCUUCGCCGAGACUGGGUUCGUGGUGACACCAUUCUUGCCGGGAGACUCUUUGCUCUUCGCGUGCGGCGCGCUCGGAUCACUGGGCGUCAUUAACUUUCCGCUCGCGGCGGCGCUACUCUUCGUCGCGGCGGUUCUCGGGGACACGGUGAACUACUCCAUCGGCUCCUUCGUCGGCGCCAACUUCAUGGAGACGCAUCCGAAGAUUUUUCCACCCGAGUACAUCACCAAGACGAGGAGCUUUUACGACAACUACGGCGGUAAGACUGUGGUGUUGGCGCGAUUUUUCGUCAUCGUCCGCACCUUUGCCCCGUUCAUCGCCGGUGUCGCGCGCAUGGACUACUCCAAGUUCAUCACGUACAACGUCCUCGGUGGUGCGCUUUGGAUCGCGAGUUUCAUGGGUUUGGGCUACUUUUUCGGCACCAUUCCGGCGGUGCAAGAAAACUUUGCCCUGUGCGUCGCCGGUAUCGUCGUAUUGAGUCUCAUCCCGGCCAUAAUAGAAGUGGUUCAGCACGCCAAGGGCGGCUCCACUGCGCCGGCGAACUGA